AAAAAAGAUAUUGCGAGUUUUAUUUUGGCCAACAUAUCUGCAUUUCAUUAUCGAAUCUAAUCUGGUUUAAUCAAAAGAAAAAUUGUAAAGUUUUAUAAACAGUAAAUAGUAAUUUAACUUGUGGAUUUCGAAAAUCAAACACUGGUAUUGAAUAUUUCUGACGAAAAUGGACGAAUCGGCCAAUAAUAGACAACAAGCAACUGGUGGUGAUGAAUCAUCAGCCAAUAAAAUUUUUACAUCACAUAAUGCCGAAACAUAUCAACGAUCAUAUAAUCAUUUGAUUAAUGAACAAGCUGAUGAUGAUCUAUUCCAUAAAACAUUCGAAGCCAUUAUUGAAUCUACCACCGAGCACAAGGAUCAGAUUGAUGAUGAUAAAAAUUUGAAAACAGGUCUUGUCUAUUACGACGAUUGUGUCCAACAUUAUUGUCUUUGGGAUGAUAAUUAUGAAGAAAAUCCUCGUCGUUACAUUCGAACCAUGGAACGUUUACGUCAACUUGGUCUGGUCGAUAAAUGUCUUCGAUUGCAGCCACGGAAAGCAACUGAAAACGAAAUCUUAUUAGUUCAUUCGGAAGAAUAUAUUCGAAAAAUUGAACGAAUUCGUACAUUAAUGGAUCCCGAACAAUUGGAACAAGAAUCAUCUCGAUUUGAUGCUAUUUAUUUUUCACCCAGUACUUUUGAAUGUGCACAAUAUGCAUGCGGUUCCGUAUUGGAAUUGAUCGAUGCAUUGAUGACCGAUCGUAUACAGAAUGGAAUGGCUGUAGUAAGACCACCCGGUCAUCAUGCAAUGGAUAGUGAAGCGUGUGGCUAUUGUAUCUUCAACAAUGUAGCCAUUGCAGCCAAAUAUUGUCGACAAAAAUAUCAUUUGCAACGAAUAUUGAUUGUUGAUUGGGAUGUACAUCAUGGUCAGGCAACACAACAGGCAUUCUAUAAAGAUCCGGACGUUCUUUAUGUUUCAUUACAUCGUUAUGAACAGGGUGCAUUCUGGCCAGAAUUAAUUGAAUCAAAUUAUAAUUUUUGUGGUGAAGCCAAUGGCCGAGGAUUCAACAUGAAUAUUCCAUUGAAUGAGACUGGCUUAACUGAUACUGAUUAUCUUUCCAUAUGGCAUAAUCUUUUGCUACCAGUUUUCUAUGAAUUCAAUCCGGAAUUAGUUCUUAUAUCGGCCGGUUAUGAUGCAGCCAUCGGUUGUCCUGAAGGUGAAAUGUUGUUAACACCAGCUGUUUAUGGGCAUUUUACUCAUUAUCUAAUGGGCUUAGCUCAAGGUAAAGUUGGUGUCAUACUUGAAGGUGGCUAUUGUAUAGAAUCAUUGGCCGACAGUGUUGCCUGCACUGUUCAAACAUUGCUUAGACAACCACCGAUACCGUGUAAUAUGAGAUAUCCAAUCAAUCAAUCGGUUAUCGAAUCUGUAUUGAAUGUGAUUGCUGUCCACCGUUCAAAUUGGCAAUCGCUUUGCAUACAGAAAACAUUCGAUCGACAUGAUAAAUAUUUGGAUGAUGUAGAAGAACAAGCCAUACGUAAACGACAUUGUCCUACAUUAGAAUAUUGUGGUAUUGCCGAUCUAUUGGAUAAAAGUCCCGAAUCAUAUCCAACUAGAGAUUGUUAUCCAAAACAAAGUGAAGAAAAUCAGAAAAAAUCUCAGCUAUUAAUCCAGCAUUUACGUGCUAAAGUAUGUGAAAAAACCAUUCAUUAUGAUUCGAAUCGACGUACUUGUUUGAUUAGAUCGCCCAUUCUAACGAAUCGUCAUGCAGCACCUAAAACUCAUCCAGAACGACCAAAUCGAAUUAAAUAUUUGUGGCGAUUGCUGAAAUCGGAGAAAAUUCUCGACAAAUGUCUGGUUUUAAGUGAUAAUAAUCGAUCUGUAACUGAUGAACAACUAUCGGCUUGUCAUUCAUUCGAAUUUAUCGAUAAGAUUGCUCGUACUGAACGAAUGAAUUAUAAAGAAUUACGUGAAUAUGAACAACAAUUCGAUUCGUUAUAUCUGACCAGUGAUAGCUAUAAGGCUGCCAAAUUAUCUAUUGGAUCAUUAUUACAAGUAGUCGAUUGUGUCGUUCGUAAUGAAUGCCUCAAUGGAUUUGCUUGUAUUCGACCACCUGGACAUCAUGCUAAACGUAGUGAAGCAGCUGGAUUUUGUAUGUUUAAUCAGGUUGCAAUUGCUGCCCGUUAUGCCCUUGAACAGCAUGGAUUAAGACGAAUAUUGAUUGUCGAUUGGGAUAUACAUCAUGGUGACGGAACACAGGAUAUCGUAACAGACGAUGAACGAAUUCUUUUCAUUUCGAUACAUCGUUAUGAUCAUGGUGAUUUUUAUCCGGAAAAUAAAUCAGCAUCCAAUUAUCGAACUGGAAGACGAAAUAUUAUCAACAUUCCUUGGAAUGGUGCUCAAAUGGGUGAUCGAGAAUAUUUGACCGCAUUUUUCAACAUUGUAAUGCCAGUAGCAUAUAAUUUUGAUCCAGAAUUAGUAUUGGUCAGUUCAGGUUUCGAUGCUGCUGAAUGUGAUCCACUUGGUGAUUAUCAUGUAUCACCAUCUGCAUAUGGACAUAUGACACAUUUAUUAUGUUCAUUAGCCAAUGGAAAAAUUAUCCUAUCAUUGGAAGGUGGUUAUCAUCUACAAGCCAUUGCCAAUUCAGCCAUGGAAUGUAUUCGAGUCUUAUUGGGUGAACCACCCAAAUCAUUAUCGACCAACAGCAAAGAUGAUAAUAACCAUCAACAAUGGAAAUUGGAUGUGAAUGCCAUCGAAACUAUUCGUAAUGUUAUCGAUUAUCAUGCCGAUUAUUGGCCAUGUUUUGUGUACAAUGUUGAUAUUGCUAAGAAUACUAUCGAUUAAAAAACAAAACAAUAAUAUAAAACAUUAAAAUGUCAUCUUUAACACAUUAAUGAUUAAAAUCCAUUGUGUGCAGAACGCGCAAAUUCAAA